AUGGACCUUGACCUUAAGGAGAUCCCUGGCUCGAAAUCUCUGCUGGUUAUUAUGGACACGCAAAACACGCAACUGUCCAUCAGCAACUUCAACGGAGACCUUACAGAAAAUGAAAAGUCCACCAAUCUCAACACUUUAAACAAUUCCAACACUUUAAACGAUUCCAACUUAAAUGAUAAUAAUUCUCAGGUUACUCUUGGUUCUGAAAACAGUUGGGAUACCCAGGGGCCUCAUCCAAUCCCCAUUCCGUCUCCAGACGAAAUCUCUCUUUUGAGAGAACUCGCAUUCAUUUUAAUCAUAUGUGUCUGUCAAAUUAUCACCCAGGCUGGAGUGGCUCAGACCAUCAACACUCCAACGGAAAUUGGCGAGAAAUUUGGAGUCCAGAAUGACCCUGGUAAGCUCUCGUGGUUCUCAGCCAGUUACUCGCUCACCGUGGGUACUUUCAUUCUUGUUGCUGGCCGUUUGGGUGACAUGUACGGCUACAAGUUCAUGUUCGUACUUGGAAACGUCAUCAUGGGCAUCUGGUCUCUUGUGGUUGGCUUUGCGGGCUUCACCACGUCCGAUGUGUUCUUCAACGUGGCCAGAGCACUUCAAGGUGUGGGCCCCGCUUGUUGCAUGCCCAAUGCUGUUGCACUUAUUGGUCAUUACUUUCCUCACGGAAAAAAGAAGGUUAACUAUUUUGCAGCUUUCGGAGCCGUGGCUCCAUUUGGAUUCGUUCUCGGAGCGUUGUUCUCAGCAAUUUUCACCCAGUUGGUCUGGUGGCCCUGGAUGUUCUGGGUGGGAGGCAUGGCAUCGCUCUUCCUACUGGUGGUGCUGUACUUCAUUAUUCCAAAGCGCAUUGGAAACAGAGAAGCAGGAUCGUUUGACUGGCCUGGAUCAAUCUCAGGUGUUUCGGGUCUCAUUCUUAUCAACUUUGCCUGGAACCAAGGUCCUAACGUAGGAUGGGACGUUCCAUAUGUCUACAUGCUCUUGAUUGUGGGCUUUAUCUGCAUGGGAGUGUUUGUAUGGACCAGUUCGUGGGUCAAGGAGCCAUUGGUGCCUCGUGAGUGUCUCAGAGGUGAGACAGGGUUUGUUUUGGGAUGCAUGGCAGCCGGAUGGUCUUGUUUUGGUGUGUGGUUGUAUUAUACCUUCAGAUGGCAGGAACAUGUGGACCAUUCCAGUCCAAUUUUGCGAGCAGUUCACUUUAUUCCUGCUCCAUUCUGUGGUUUGGCAGCAGCAGCUCUCACUGUGUUUCUCCUCCGGAAAGUUUCAGUAUCGGUAGUGAUGCUCAUUGCUAUGCUUUGUUUCUUCACCGGAAUCGUCAUCAUGGGCACCAGGCCAGUUGGAGAUAUCUACUGGCGCCAUUUUUUCUUCUCUACGCUUAUCCAGAGUUUUGGAAUGGACAUGAGUUUCCCAGCAGGUACUAUGAUUCUUUCUGCAGCUUUCCCCAAGCACCAGCAGGGACUUGCUGGCUCGUUGGUGAGCACGUUUGUCAACUACUCUGUAUCCAUUGGAUUGGGAUUUGCAGGAACUGUUGAGUACUAUACCACUAAGGGAAUGUCUGAUGGACCUGAAAAACAGAUUAAGGGAAUGAGAAAUGCAUUUUAUAUGGGAAUGGGACUUGCAGGGUGUGGAGUUUUGUUAGGAUCUGUGUUUGUUAUUUUACAAUGGGUUCAGUCCAAGAGGGCUUCAAAGGAAAACGAGAAGGUCAUCGUAUAA